UGUCACUGUAACUGUGUGUGUGUGUGUGUAGAUGGUGAUGUUCCUAGGGGAUUUUAACUGUGUGUGUGUGUGUGUGUGUGUGUGUAGAUGGUGAUGUUCCUAGGGGAUUUUAACUGUGUGUGUGUGUGUAGAUGGUGAUGUUCCUAGGGGAUUUUAACUGUGUGUGUGUGUGUGUGUGUGUGUGUGUAGAUGGUGAUGUUCCUAGGGGAUUUUAACUGUGUGUGUGUGCGUGUGUGUGUGUGUGUGUGUGUGUGUGUGUAGAUGGUGAUGUUCCUAGGGGAUUUUAACUGUGUGUGUGUGUGUGUGUGUAGAUGGUGAUGUUCCUAGGGGAUUUUAACGCUGACUGUGGCUACGUGGCCAAGAAGAACAGGCAGCAUGUACGUCUCUAUAGUAACCAGGCCUUCCUGUGGCUAAUAGGGGACACAGAGGACACCACCGUUAGACAAACCACCACCUGUGCCUACGACAGGAUCGUGGUCCACGGGGCAUUUGAAAAAGCCAUUGUGCCCCAGUCCGCACAACCUUUCAACUUCGCCAAAGAAUACGGACUCACAGAGGAACAGGCGCUGGACGUCAGUGACCACUACCCAGUGGAGGUUGAGUUGAAGGCGGGGUCAGAACAUUUGGGAGGCCACACCCUUCUGAUCAUCCUCAUGGCCUUCUUCAUCUCCACCUGAACCUGUGGCCACGUUCCAGGCCGACUAUACUGCCUUGCAUCAACCAAUGGUUGUGUCCCGUCAAGCAUCAGAUGGCUAUACUGUAUCAUAUGAUGUGCACUGAACAAAAAUGUAAACACCACAUUAAACAUUUUCAAAGAUUUUACUGAGUUACAGUUCAUAGAAGGAAAUCAGUCAAUUUAAAUAAAUUAGGCCCUAAUCUAUGGAUUUCACAUGAUUGGUAGGGGCACAGCCAUGGGUUGGCCUGGAAGGGCAUAGGCCCACCCAUUGGGGAGCCAGGCUAAGCCAAUAAGAAUACGUUUUUCCCCAUAACGGGCUUUAUUACAGACAGAAAUGCUCCACAGUACCCCCUCCUCAGACCAUUCCACAAGUGAAGAAGCCAGAUGUGGAGGUCCUGGGCUGGCGUGGUUACACGUGGUCUGCGGUUUUUAGUCCGGUUGGACGUACUUCCCAAUUCUCUAAAACAAGGUUGGAUGUGGCUUAUGGUAGAGAUAUGCACAUUCAAUUAUCUGGCAACAGCUCUGGUGGGCAUUCCUGCAGUCAGAAUGCCAAUUGCACACUCCCUCAAAACUUGAGACAUCUGUGGCAUUGUGUUUUGUGACAAAACUGCACGUUUUAGAGUGGCUUUUUAUUGUCCCCAGCGUAAUGAUCAUGCUGUUUAUUCAGCUUCUUGAUAUGCCACACCUGUAAGGUGGAUGGAUUAUCUUGGCGAAGGAGAAAUGCUCACUAACAGGGAAACACAUUUGUGCACAAAAUCUUAGAGAAAUAAGCUUUUUUUUUUGCAUAUGAAUUUGAAUUUCUGGGAUUUAACCCCAAUUUGCUCCAGCACAGUACUUCUAUAGCUGACCCUGUAAAACAUUUCACUGUACCUAUCCGAUAUAUGUAACAAUAAAACAGGUUUUUUGCUGACACACAGGAUUAUCCAAUCAAACACCUAUUUCAGUAGUUCCAUAGUACCUCAUAGCUCAAUGAAAUCACAGAACGACCGUUAUGAUCAGAACCUGAAUGACUACUACCUGAAUGAUCAGAACCUGAAUGACUACUACCUGAAUGAUCAGAACCUGAAUGACUACUACCUGAAUGAUCAGAACCUGAAUGACUGCUACCUGAAUGAUCAGAACCUGAAUGACUACUACCUGAAUGAUCAGAACCUGAAUGACUACUACCUGAAUGAUCAGAACCUGAAUGACUACUACCUGAAUGAUCAGAACCUGAAUGACUACUACCUGAAUGAUCAGAACCUGAAUGACUGCUACCUGAAUGAUCAGAACCUGAAUGACUACUACCUGAAUGAUCAGAACCUGAAUGACUGCUACCUGAAUGAUCAGAACCUGAAUGACUACUACCUGAAUGAUCAGAACCUGAAUGACUACUACCUGAAUGACUACUACCUGAAUGAUCAGAACCUGAAUGACUACUACCUGAAUGAUCAGAACCUGAAUGACUACUACCUGAAUGAUCAGAACCUGAAUGACUACUACCUGAAUGAUCAGAACCUGAAUGACUACUACCUGAAUGAUCAGAACAGGAAACGUGAGCACACACGGCGCCACUAGUUUGUAAACCGACACUGACAGGUUUGAUGGAAUUCUAGCCUGGGUUUCAGGAGCCUGAACACCAAAGCCUUACUCACGUCAGCCAUUAAUACCAGGAUAUUUACUGUGUAUGUUUUUAUGUAAGGAAAUAUAUUUUUACACUGCACAAGACAUCCACUGGGGACAGUAUGUAUCGAUUGUAUUGAAUUCAAAGGGGAGAGGCUCUAAAGGACACGACAGACCUGUAAAACUGGCCCUUAACCUAUUCUUAUCAAAUCAAAUGUGACGAACAGGUGUAGACCUUACAGUGAAAUGCUGACUGACAAGCUCUUAUUAACCAACAAUGCAGUUAAGAAUGUAUAAAGGAUCAUUAAAAAAUCAAAGUAACAAAUAAUUAAAGAUCAGCAGUAAAUAAAAAUAGCGGGACUAUAUACAGGGUAUUACGGUACAGAGUCAAUGUGGAGGCUAUAUACAGGGUAUUACGGUACAGAGUCAAUGUGGAGGCUAUAUACAGGGUAUUACGGUACAGAGUCAAUGUGGAGACUAUGU